UGCAAGAAAGAGAGAAGCUUGAAUUCAAUUUCUUUGUUUAUUUGUUUCAUCAAUUCCCCCUUAUUGGGGUAUGGAUUCCAAAGUGGUGAGGGUGGGGUCCAAUUGGUGUCUGUCUGGUGGGUUUGGAGGCACUGCACUCCCUUUCAUGCCCCAUCACUGGCCCUUUACUAGACCAAGGUGUGUUAGGACCACACCCUGAAGGCUCUUUAAGAACCCUCUCCUCACACCAAUUCUAAACCAAGUCUCACACCCAAGUUACACAAGUUCUAAGCUCUAGAGAGAGGAGAAAAAAAAGGGAAAAGAGAACACCCUUAUUUCCAUUUCUAAAAGAGUUCAUUGAAGAAAUGAAGAUGGAUAGUGCUUCCAUGACAGGCUCAAAGAGGAGGAUAUCAUCCAACAGAGGAAUUGGAGGAGUCCUCAGAGAGCAAAGGGCAAGGCUAUACAUUAUAAGAAGAUGUGUUGUCAUGCUCCUCUGUUGGCAUGACUAGUUUUUUCAAGACUUGAAGAAGUUCCACAAGCAGCAUGGCAAUGGAAGAAAAGUUCUUCUUUCUAUGUUUCUUUUCUUUUAUUCCUUGUUUAUUUUUUUCCUCUUUUUCUCUUCCUUUUUUCUUUCUUUGCUCUCUCCCUCUGAUUCAUGGUGGAGUGUAAAUAGAAACGGCGAGAUAUCAUGGGAGAGAGUAUAACAAGUUUUGUACUAUGGGGUUGCUGGCCUUCAUGGCUGGGCUAUAUAUGUAUAUCGGAAUAGCGUGGAUUAUAAUGAUAGCUAUAUCAACAAAUCAUAUCUCCAAAAUCCAUCUUACUCACUCUUUGUUCUUUGCACUGAUUAACUUGGAAUAGUCAUUAUGAUA